UCCUUGUGAUGAAUCGCUCCUGAUUUUGCAGCCUCCUGCCUUUGAGGUGUGAGUCAGCCAGUCGUCUUCUCUGUAGCGGUUCAGGACAGGGCUGUCAGUUAUCAGUCAGUGAUGUCAGAAGAAGGAAAGCAGAGCGCCACACCUGCCCCUGCAUCCACUAUGGACACGAAGUCUGAGUCCACAGCCUCGCCACCUACCGGCCAGGGGGUUUCAUCGGUGUCUCCUCCGGUGUCCACAGUAGCACAGCCUGCACCACCUGCAACUGAGGAUGAGGAGGAGGAGAGCGAAGAUGAAUCUGAAAUCCUGGAGGAAAGCCCCUGUGGACGCUGGCAGAAACGGAGAGAAGAGGUUAACCAGCGCAACGUCCCAGGUAUCGACAAUGCUUAUCUUGCCAUGGACACAGAGGAAGGUGUGGAGGUGGUGUGGAAUGAGGUCAUGUUUUCUGAAAGGAAGAACUUCAAACUACAAGAGGAAAAAGUCAAGGCAGUGUUUGAUAACCUCAUCCAGCUGGAACAUGUGAAUAUAGUAAAGUUUCACAAGUACUGGGCAGAUGUGAAGGAGAACAGAGCCAGGGUUAUUUUCAUCACAGAGUACAUGUCUUCUGGGAGCCUGAAGCAGUUUCUAAAGAAGACAAAGAAGAAUCAUAAGACCAUGAAUGAGAAGGCAUGGAAACGCUGGUGCACUCAGAUAUUAUCUGCCUUAAGCUAUUUGCAUUCAUGUGAACCUGCCAUUAUCCAUGGGAACCUGACCUGUGACACCAUUUUCAUACAGCACAAUGGACUCAUCAAAAUCGGCUCAGUGGCCCCAGACACCAUUAAUAACCAUGUGAAAACAUGUCGGGAGGAACAGAAGAGUUUGCACUUCUUUGCUCCAGAGUAUGCAGCUGUUGCCAAUGUCACUACAGCUGUGGACAUCUAUUCCUUUGGAAUGUGCGCCUUAGAGAUGGCUGUGCUGGAAAUUCAAAGUAAUGGAGAGUCCUCAUAUGUGUCACAAGAAGCCAUUAAUAAUGCCAUCCAGUCUCUGGAGGAUCCGCUGCAGAGAGAGUUUAUUCAGAAGUGUCUGGAGGUGGACCCCAGUAAGAGGCCCACAGCCAGAGAGCUGCUUUUCCAUCAAGCUCUGUUUGAAGUGCCUCUUUUGAAACUAUUGGCUGCACACUGUAUCGUCAGUCACCAGCACAUGAUCCCUGAAAAUGCUUUAGAGGAAAUGACUAAGAACAUGGACCCCAACCAGGUCAUUAUGGAAAGGAAAGAGGUCCAACUAAAACUCUCGCAGUUUCCUGCUUUGGAGCUUGACAAGUUUCUUGAAGAUGUGAGGAAUGGGAUCUAUCCGCUGACUGCCUUCGGCGUGCCCUGCCCACAGCAGCCUCAGCAAGAGGCUGUCAAGUCCCCCAUCGUGCCACCCUCUGUCAAAACGCCUACGCCUGAGCCUGCAGAGCUGGAGACCAGGAAGGUCGUGCAAAUGCAGUGCAACAUUGAGCCUGUAGAGGAAGGAGCAAAACAUCAUCUGACCUUACUGCUAAAACUGGAAGAUAAGCUGAACCGACACUUGAGUUGUGAUUUGGCACCAAAUGAGAAUGUACAGGAGUUGGCCGUGGAACUGGUUCAGCUUGGCUUCAUUAGUGAGGGGGACCAGCCACGUCUCACUACUGUGCUGGAGGAGGCGUUCUCUAGAUACUACAGCCGUAACGGCUCUCUGAAUCCUGUAACCGUUUCCUCAUAGCAGAGGGUCAAAUCUGCCAGCUCCUCUCCACCAUCCUUUAUCUUCAUGCACGGGACGGGACUCUAGCGCUUCAUCACUCAGAGGAUCAUGUGUGAGUUUUGUAGGAAGGGAUCAGAACGCCUCGAACUGAGCCUCAGAAAGAAAAGCACCCCUGCGUUCUGUUCUUCACACUGCUUUAGGUGGUGGAAAAGUGUUGGCUGAUGGUUCCCGUGUACAUUUAUUCUGUCAGUGUAGCAGUCUGCUUCUCUGUUUUAAAAGAAGAAAAAAGGACUCUUAUUAUUUAAAUCAGUAUUACGAGCUGUAUUUUGGAACGUUUUUGCUUACAGUAUGUGUGGGAUGGGUUACUUCUGGUUUGCACCUUAGCAAAUCUUUUUUUGUCUUUUUAGGCACAUCACAUGCAUAUUUCAUGAUCUUUUAUUCACCCUUUCAAUCAUUCAUUUAUUCUACGGUGUUGCUUUGAAAUUGUUACCAAAUAACAUUGUCUUUGUACCUUUUAAGGCACACGUUAAUUGUGGUUAACUUUGGUCUGCAAUGCAAGAUCUACGACAACUGUGAAAGGAAAGGGGUUCUCGAAACGUUGAAAAAAGCAAACAGAUUAUUUAUCUAUAUGCGUAUGGUCUAUCUUGAAGCGUGUUUCACUUUCAUCAUUGUGGCGGCUGUUUUUUCCCCUUCAUUACCUGUGAAUGUAUGCUGUAAGUUUUCAUUUGAAUGGUUUCGAAGCGAAGGGCACUUGAUUUGACUUCUCUGUUUUCCCUGUAUGUGACAGUUAUGAGUUUCAGUAUAAAGAAACGAUCUCCAGUGCACUAGACGUGUUAAAAUGUGCCUUCAACAGACACAAAAUAAAUCCAUGUUCAGAAGACCCA